AUGGAUCAUCAUCAUGUCAAUCGUGUUGAACUCUUGAAGCUUGGAAUAAUGGUGAUGAUGGUGCUGAGUAGAGUGGCAUUUUCUGAUGACCAAGUGGAAGCUCCUGACUCUGGUUUAUUUUGCAUCAGUGAUUGUGCAACAUGUCCAUCUAUUUGUUCACCUCCACCGCCAGUGAUAGAGUAUCCAUCUCCACCAACAUCGUCACCACCAGCACCAGUUCACCAUUCUCCACCUCAGUCUCACUACCACUCUCCACCAGAGCCAUCGCCACCCUCACCGCGGUCACAAUCGGCGCCACCACCGGGUAAUUCAUGGACUUACUGGGGAACUCCGCCACCUCCUUUUAGGUACAGUAACACACCACCAUUAGUUCAAGCACCUCCAUUUAAUGGACCGCAUGACUACCCAUAUCCUUACUACUACUUCUAUGCCUCCAAGGCCUCUUCUCUUUCUUCCCAUUGGGCUUCCAUUUUAAUUGUUCUGGCCCGCGCAUAUUAUGACACAGAUUCUGUGAUUGAGAUGUCAAGGAGACUUGGGUUUCUAACAGGAAUGGAAAAUGAGAUUAUGUUAGAGGCUCUUGUGCAGGCAGGUUUUGUGGUGGGAGUGCCGUUCUCAAUGUCUGGUGGGUAUGAGUUCCGUGCCUCCAAUAUUACCCAGAGCAUCUCAAACCAAUAUUAUUUGAGGUUACUUCUGAUUAUUGCGCAUGAAAAAAUAGGCUUGAGUGUUUAA